AUGGCCGAGCAAAUAGAAGUCGAUAACAAAAAAAGCAAAGUACUCACAUGGACUGAAAAAUACAGACCAAAGACGCUUGACGAUAUCGCUCAUCAGGAUGAAGUAGUCACAAUGCUGAAAGGAGCUCUUCAAGGAAAAGACUUGCCACACCUUUUGUUUUACGGACCACCGGGAACUGGUAAAACGUCAACUGCGCUGGCCUUCUGUCGUCAACUUUUCCCAAGAAACAUCUUCCAGGACCGCGUGCUCGACUUGAACGCUUCGGAUGAACGUGGAAUUUCGGUUGUUCGACAGAAAAUUCAAUCAUUCUCUAAAACAUCGCUGAGUACAAAUUGCAAAGAAGACGUUCUGAAACUGAAGAUUAUCAUUCUUGACGAAGUCGACGCUAUGACACGAGAAGCACAAGCAGCAAUGCGCAGAGUUAUUGAAGAUUUCUCUAAAACUACGCGAUUCAUUCUAAUUUGUAAUUAUGUUUCUCGUCUCAUCCCUCCCGUUGUUAGUCGUUGUGCAAAGUUCAGAUUCAAGUCACUACCAUCAGAAGUUCAAGUGCAGAGAUUGCGAACAAUUUGUGAUGCUGAAGAAACUCCAAUGAGCAACGAUGAGCUCAUGCAAGUGAUGGAGUAUGCGGAAGGUGAUUUGAGAAGAGCUGUCUGCACAUUGCAAUCAUUGGCGCCAAUUCUGAGAAGUGGAGAUGAAAAUGCACGAAACUGCUACCUCCGUGGAUCGUCCGAUUCUGCUUUGAUUUCCAAUCUAUGUAAAUCAGUUCGAGUCUCUAAUGUGCCUCAAAUUAUCUCGUUGACUAAAAGUAUCACGAAAUCGUGUACUGGGGUCGCAUUCAUGCGUCAUUGCUUCCAGCAAAUGCUCCAAGAAAACAUUAUCAACGAUGAAAAUAUUGCAGUGAUGGGAAAACUAGUUGCAACAUGCGAAAAGCGAAUUCUUGAUGGGUGUGAUCUGGAGAACAAUCUUCUCAACUUCUUGCUUACUCUCCGUGAGACAAUUCAGUGA